GCACACUUACAUACAUACAUUCAUAUGUGUAUAUAUAUUUGUACGUAUUUGAACUAAAGCAACAGUUGAAUUGCCUCUGUAUUGGUUAGAACGACAAAUGCUUGCUUGCAUCGUUCACUUGUUCCGUCCGCUAUACCUUUUGUAUGCCUGUAUGUACACAUAAGCGCCAUGUAGUUACAAAUACAUAGAAGAUGAACCGAGCCAGAAUGUCUGGCAAAUGCUAGAGUAAUUUUGCUGCUAAUCGUUUAGUGUAGAAAGAAGAAACGGCGCAAUCGAACGUGUAUCAUAGGAAGGCGCAUUAUUGCAUACGGGAAUAUAGUAUUUUUUGAGAACAAUAAAAGUGGUCGAGCGGUAUAAUUUCAAUGUGGACGUCCAAACGCUUUAAUUUUGGAUGAGAAAAACUGAAAAAAUAUUAAUGAUAUUUAUAUAAUGAUAUCUAAGUCAAAUAAUACACAAGUGCCAACAGCAGCAAUAAAUAUUUUACCAAACACACAUACAAUAAUAAAUAUGGCAAGUAAUGGCGGUGCGAACAACCUCACAAAUAAUUCGAAAAUGGGUUCUCGCCGAAUAUUUACACCUCAUUUCAAGCUUCAAGUAUUAGAAUCAUAUCGAAAAGAUAGUGAUUGCAAGGGUAAUCAACGGGCAACUGCGAGAAAGUACAAUAUACAUAGGAGACAAAUUCAAAAGUGGUUACAAUGUGAAUCGAAUUUAAGAUCUUCAGUUGCAAGUAUAAAUCACAGUGGAUUAAAACAUCAGUUUCAUAAUGUUAGUCAACAACAACAACAGCAAGUGCCGAUUAUGAUCCCAACGAAUAGUAAUAGUCAGUUCGGCUACCAUCACUUUGAAAGUAAAUCUCAACAACUGCCCUUGGACACAGCCAGACAUAGUGUCGCUACAAAUUCUACAACAGUGCCAUCAAUACCAGUUGUGGUUCCAUCAACGAAUGCAUCAACACAAGGGGUGUAUGCAGCGGCGAACUUGGCCGCCGUUGUGGCUGCCGCCGCUGCAGCUGGUGCUAUAGCGAUUGCCAGCACUUCAACUACAAACACAUCGUCACCUUUAUGUCAGACUGUAGUAAGUGGCAACACUGCGGGGAUAUCGUCACCUAUUCUUCAUACUCACCACCUUCAGCCUCACCACCACCACCAUCAUCAUCAUUACGAUACACCAUACACACAUACUUCUUCAAAUAUGUCUAUACCAAUGCCCGUUCUAACACACAUUUCCCCGCAACAUCAUCGGCACUACCCAUACAACUUACCUCCGCAUACCCACACACUUUUACAACCACAAUCUCGGGUGUCAACAAUACCGUCAUUAAUGUCGUCAACUUGUCUACCUGUGACUGUUUUGUCUUCAACCGACUUGGCUUCUUCGAGUGCGCCACAACCAAACAUAACGCCGGAAGAAGUCCUAUACAAACGAAGUGAGGGCAAUAAUUCAAUUGAAUUUAACGAACAUGAAACGAAAAUUGUUGUGGAUAACGUUGAAGAUUGUUGUAUCCGUAAAUCUUUAAAUAAAUAUUCUCAUAGUACAUGUAUUGAGAAUGGAUAUCAAAAGGAAUAUGCAUUGCAAAGCUAUAACGCAACACAAGAAUCAUCAAACACACCGUGCCUAACUGUUACGCCAAUCGAUCUAUCUAUUGGCUCUCGACGUGAGAAUGCUGAGAACAUAAAUUGUAGUUUGAGACAUUUACCAAGUGCUGAUGAUGUGGCUGAAAAUAAAAACGAGAAUGUAGUUGAUUUGACUUUUAGGAAGCGCAAGGUUAUUUUGAGAAAUGACCAAACUCACAAACACAUGCGAAAUUCGGAAAAUGAUUCUAAAACUUUAUUUACAAAAGUUAAAGAAUGCAAUGAAAGUGAUGAUGAUGAUAUCGAAGUUGAAAUGGAAAUAAAAUCAGCUCCCCCAAAACCAGUAAAAUUAUUUAAACCAUAUCUUCUUGACGAAAAAGAUGAAAAAUUUUACGAACAUGAUAGUAAGCCAACUUCUGGUAAAAAAGUUUUCAAUGAAAACGAGAGUCGCCUAUAUUCACUAUAUAAAGUGGCAAGUGAUGGGAAACCAAACAAUUUUAAUCUAUCAAAUGUUCCCGAACAUAAUUUUCAAGUAGAGAGUACGUACUUUCAAGGAUGCAAGCCAUUAAAUCUUCCAAGUGCCUUUCAUAUGACUGCAAUAUCAGCUUUGUCUCCAGUGAUUCCAUGUGCCGAAGGAUCUCCCGUUUCAGGAUAUGAGAGUUCCUCUUCAACAUAUAGCGAGUCAUCAUAUAGGGAGAAGUAUUACAGAAGAAAUGUAGAACGAACAUGUAAUAUUGACCUACAAGUACACGCAGUCUGUGAGAAUUUGACUUACCAAGAGAACUGCGUAGGAAAAUGGUUCAACCACGACACAAACUCAAACCCACCGGCAACUAAUGCUUCCAUUGUUUUGUAUGCUUAAGUUUAUUAGAUUGUAUAAAAUGUAAUUUUUAUUUGUGUACAUACAUACAGAUGUAUACACAUAUGCAGCAACUUUUAAGUAAUCAAUUUUUAAAUUAAAAAAUGAAAUAUCAAAAAAUCUUUAUAGAGAUUUAUAGAAGGCUGUAUAUUGUAUUUAAAAAUUAUGGCAAUAAUUAUAUAUAUGAAGCAUCAUAUAUAUUUACUCUUAUAAUCCAUUAAAUAUGGAUAAAAUUUAUUAGUA